AGUCGUAGCUCAGCAGCCGAUCUCGUCUAUAAUGACUGUCAUCCCAUCGACCACCGAGGCUGGCAAGAAGCGACCAGCUGAUGAGAUCGAGGCCGAGAAGGCAGUGGAGGAGGAGGAGGGAGAGGACCUUCGUCAGUAUGGUGAUGCUAGCUAUUGGGAGGAGCGCUAUAAGGCUAAGAAACAGAGACUCACUGAGGAGAAGAAGAGUGAGAAGGACGAGAAGAAGGCUGCCGCUGCAGAGGAUGAUGAUGAUAAUUCGACUGAUGAGUGGCACUUCAGUUUCGAGGCUAUGAAGGAGCUACUGCCCGAGAAGAAGGAUAUCACAGUUGUUGAUGUUGGAUGCGGAGUGUCCUCCUUCCUUAACUCCAUGCGAGAGGCGGGAUACACUGGUCGCCUUAUCGGUCUUGACUACUCACCCAGCGCUAUUGACAUGUGUAAGGAAAUGUUCAAGGAGGUGGAGUACCAUAAUAAGGAGGCUGCGGAGAUGUGCCCUGAGAUCGUUAAGCCUGCGGAGGUGGAUAUGUUCCUCGACAAGGCGACCAUCGACGGUCUGUUGGCUGACGAGUCCGGGGCUGAGCACGUCCAGAGGUUGUCCAAGGUUGAGGGCCAAGCCCUUAAGGUUGGAGGUCAACUCAUCUGGAGCACCAUGUUCGGUCCUUUCGAAGAGUCUGGCGUGAAGGUCCUCAAGGAGACCAUAUUACCGGGCCUCUUGGCUGGUGAUGACAAGGCUUCUUACAAGGUCUAUUGUCAUGUUCUUGAUGAUGGUACGGAGGACAUCGAGUUGCCUGAGCUCGAGGGGGACGAGGAAUCAGCCGAGAAGGCCGAGCCAGAGGAGCAUGCUGAGGAGCCCAACGCUGCUGAGGGUACUGAUGCAGCAGCCGAGGAGGAGAAGGUUGAAGAAGGUGACGAGAUCGAUAUGGCGGAGCUCGGCGACAUGGACGAGAUGAUCAUGCAGGCCCUGGCUGAGACCGAGACUCUUGCAGUGUGGAUAAUUGAGAAGGUCGAGAAAGCUGCCGAUGCCCCCAAGGAUACCACUGAGCUCAUCGGUAAGAUCAUCGAAGAUAUCGAAGUUGAUGUUCACGAUGGUGGUGACGACGACGAGGAAGUGGAAGAAAAGAUAGAAGACUAAACAUAGACCAGUUUCUCUCCGUUCUAGCAGUCUAAUAAUUGUGAUUUAUCCGAUAAGAGUUCCUCGCUUCUAUCACG